AUGCUUCAUUUUCCUAUUCAUAUAUUCAUAUUUUUAAGUUCUGCUAAUAAGGUUUCCGGCUGCAUACGACGCAAGUCAGUUCAAAAUGUUGUAUGUACCUCGGACAAGGGAGCGACCCACACGCCGCUUGUACAUGAUGAAGGAAACCGCCACUCUCAGCCGUGUAUCCUCCAUCGAGAACCUCGGGAUCCUUAUCGACACACACAAAUUCCGUUCUGUAACAUCUAUCUAUCUAAUUAUUUAUCUAUCUUAAUCCCGAUCUAUCUAUCUAUCUAUCUAUCUAUCUAUCUAUCUAUCUAUCUAUCUAUCUAUCUAUCUAUCUCUUUCAUCUGUUUAUAUCUACCUCAAUCUAUUUAUAUCUGUCUAUCUAUUUCUGUCUGUUUAUAUCUAUCUCUCUAUCUAUCUAUCUAUCUAUCUAUCUAUCUCUUUCAGUCUGUUUAUAUCUAUCUCAAUCUAUUUAUAUCUGUCUAUCUAUCUCAGUCUGUUUAUAUCUACCUCAAUCUAUCCCUAAAUCAAAGAAAAUAA